CGAAUCGGGGUCCGCAUAAACCUCCACAUUCUCUUUUAUGCGUCACCUUCGUCUCCGCUCAGCCCCCGAUUCCCUCCCUUCCCCUUAAACAAAAAAGGCUCUCCCUUUUCCUUCUUUUCCUCUCUCUCUCUCUCUCUCUCUCUCUCUCUCACUAAGUCCAAAAAUCCUACGCGAAGCACCAACACGAUCCCUCACCCUUGACUCUGGGGGACGUUGCCGUGUAAGUGGGAACCGCCCCUCGAUUCGUCGUCCUUUUAGGGUUUCUUCUCGUGCCAUGGCGGGUAGGGUUUGGCGCAGCUCCAUUAGAGAGGCCUUGUCCAGGAGCCUGAGGUCGAGGGCGGUGGGAGGGGCCCCUGGAGCAAGGCCAUUGAGCGCCGCCGCAGGCGGCGGAGGAGGUGGCGGAGCUGCCGCGCGAGCCGCUCCGAAGAUCCCGCCUUCGUCCAAGAAGGGAAGGCUUUUAACUGGAGCUAUGAUUGGCCUUGCUAUAGCCGGAGGUGCUUAUGUGAGUACUGCAGAUGAAGCCACAUUUUGUGGAUGGUUGUUUAAGGCUACAAAGAUUGUGAACCCACUAUUCGCAUUGCUAGAUGCAGAGGUGGCUCAUCGGUUGGCUGUGUCAGCCGCAGCUCAUGGGUUAGUUCCAAGGGAAAAGAGACCUGACCCACCAAUACUGAAUCUGGAGGUUUGGGGAAGGAAGUUCGCAAACCCUAUCGGUCUUGCUGCUGGUUUCGAUAAAAACGCUGAGGCAGUUGAGGGGCUACUAGGUUUAGGGUUUGGCUUCGUAGAAGUUGGGUCAGUGACUCCCAUGCCUCAGGAAGGAAACCCUAAGCCUCGUAUUUUUAGAUUGCCGAAGGAGGGUGCCAUAAUAAAUCGAUGUGGGUUCAACAGCGAAGGUAUUGUGGUAGUCGCAAAGCGUUUAGGUGCCCAGCAUGGUAAGAGAAAGAUGGAGGAAACUUCAAGCUCUUCAGUUUCCUCUAGUAAUGAAGUAAAGCAAGGAGGGAAAGCAGGACCUGGUAUUUUGGGAGUCAAUCUUGGGAAGAACAAGACAAGCGAAGAUGCAGCUGCCGACUAUGUUCAAGGAGUCCACACUUUAUCGCAGUAUGCUGAUUACUUGGUCAUAAAUGUUUCUUCUCCAAACACUCCCGGGCUUCGCAAACUUCAAGGGAGGAAGCAAUUGAAAGAUCUUGUUAAAAGGGUGCAAGCUGCCCGUGACGAAAUGCAAUGGGCUGAGGAGGGUCCUCCACCAUUGCUUGUAAAGAUUGCACCGGACUUGUCUAAACAGGAUCUUGAUGACAUUGCUGCAGUUGCUCUUGCUCUUCGAUUGGAUGGCUUGAUUAUAUCAAACACAACAAUUUCGAGGCCAGAACCUGUAGACAAACACCCUUUAGCUGCAGAACCUGGUGGUUUAAGUGGGAAGCCACUCUUUGAUCUGUCUACUAAUAUACUCAAGGAGAUGUAUAUCCUCACUCGGGGCAAGAUUCCCCUCAUAGGCUGCGGUGGGGUGAGCAGCGGUGAAGAUGCAUACAAGAAGAUCCGAGCAGGUGCAACCCUGGUUCAGCUUUAUACUGGUUUUGCCUAUGGGGGACCAGCACUUAUUCCCCAGAUAAAGGCUGAGCUAGCUGAGUGCUUAGAGAGGGAUGGCUUUAAAACUGUUCAAGAAGCAGUUGGCGCAGAUUGUAGAUAAAACUUCGCGAGUUCUCACAAGGUUUGGAUUUCAGACAACUGCUGAAACACUUUCCGUCUUUAACUUCAAUCGUUAUAUCUAAAUUAUAGCACACAUCGGUUCCUAAAGGUGCAUUUUUGUUCCUUUUAACGUCGAGCUACUGAAACAAUUGCUUAUGCAUAUUUAUUUUGUCGCUCUGUCCCCCUAACUCCAAGGUGGAUACAAAUUUUUGCUUGAUAUGUAUUACUUUUUAGGAAUUUUGGGAAGUUGAUAGUGGUUUAAAGAACUUUCGGUUGUACUUUUUUUUUGUUUUUCCGAUCGUUUUUCUAGGCUAAUAAAUGUAAUUCUCAUGGACUUACCUUCGAGUCUGAAAUUUUUGUAAUCGGUAUUUUCUUAUUCUGCGUUCGUAUGAAUUCUGUGUCGAAAACCUGUAAUAAGAGUUCUUUGGAGGGCUGAGACUAUACCAA